GUGGGGGGGGGAGAGGAGAGAGAUAAACAAACCCGGAGAUUAUAAAAGAAGGAAGAACAGGACGAGGAGUGACUGCGUGUUUGGAAACAACAACAUCACCAUCACCCCCAACGACAACAAACAGGAGGGUAGUAGGAGGAAACCAGCUCAGAAGAAACUUAUGGAAGAAUGAAGGAGAUGGUGGGUGGCUGCUGCGUUUGUUCCGAUGAGCGGGGCUGGGCUGAAAACCCCCUGGUGUACUGUGAUGGGCAUGGCUGUAACGUGGCGGUGCAUCAAGCGUGCUAUGGAAUUGUUCAGGUUCCCACUGGACCGUGGUUUUGUCGAAAAUGUGAAUCCCAAGAAAGAGCCGCCAGGGUGAGGUGUGAGCUGUGUCCCCACAAGGAUGGAGCGUUGAAACGGACUGAUAAUGGAGGCUGGGCCCAUGUCGUCUGCGCUCUGUACAUCCCCGAGGUGCAGUUUGCUAAUGUUCUCACCAUGGAGCCAAUCGUCCUCCAGUAUGUACCCCACGACCGGUUCAGCAAGACUUGCUACAUCUGUGAAGAGCAGGGCAGGGAGAGCAAAGCAGCCUCUGGAGCUUGCAUGACUUGCAACCGUCACGGCUGUCGGCAAGCCUUCCAUGUCACCUGUGCUCAGAUGGCUGGGCUCCUGUGUGAAGAAGAAGUCUUGGAAGUCGACAAUGUGAAAUACUGUGGCUACUGCAAGUACCACUUCAAUAAAAUGAAGACAUCGCGCCAUUCCGGAGGUGGCUCUUUCAUUGCGGGAAGAAGGAGCCGGUCGGUGUCACCUACUCAAGAGAAGCAUGUUUCCCACCACGAGAAACCAAAGAAGAGUCGGAAGGACAAGGAAAGGCCUAAACAGAAGCACAAGAAGCAUUCAGAAUCACCCACAAGUCUCACACUGUCCUCCACUCCCAUUGUCACUGAAAAGCAGACUUCCAUCAACCACCACGAGAGCAGUAAAGAAACCGCAGAGGUCAUUCGGUCGGAAGUGAAAGGCAAGAAGUCCUCAAGCCAUGGCACAAGCCACAAGGCCAAGAAGUCAGGAAGUGGGAAAAGCUCGACGGGUUUUGGCACAUCCUCUUCCAGUGGGACAUUUCCACCUGCAGGUACCUCAUGCAGCUCCUUGCCCUUCUCCCAGGACUUCGUAACCUUCCCAAAGCUGGAGCAGCAGCAGCAGCAGCAGCCAGAGGAAGAGAAAUACCGCAAGCCUGUCUCUUCCUCCUCGUCUUCCGCUCAUUGCUCCCCAUUGUACGAAGGGCAGAAAAGCGACGUCUUUGAGCAAAAGGUGAUCUUCUCGGGUUUCGGCUCCAUCAUGCGCUUCUCCACUUCGGCCGUCAGCCAGCAGAGGGGGCACGACGCUUCCCCCGUGGACUACAAGGUCUCCAACUCUAUUGGGGGCACCUCUGGCGGGAGUGGCGGCAGCAGUGGCGGCAGCCACAAACGGAUGCCGUCCCUCAACGUUGAGGAAGGAGAAGUCCUGAAGGAAAAAAAGCACAAGGCCAGCAAGAAAAGCAAACAUGGGCCAGGGAGGCCCAAAGGAAGCAAGAACAAGGAGGUCCUGGGCGCCCAGCUGGUUGGAUCCACAGCUACAUCGUCUUCGCCCUUCUCUGGGGGGUCCCUGGUCAGCUCCAGCAUCGGAGGGUCCUCUCGGUCUUUCAGCCAUGCAGCCACCCUUCCAAGCCUCAGUAUGGAAUCUCCGCUUCUGGGAUCAGGGAUCUACACAAGCAACAAAGAUCCGAUUUCGCACGGAGGCGGGGUGCUCCGGACAGUGUGUAGCACUCCUCUCUCCUCCAGCCUCCUGGCUCAUCAAGGCACUUCGUCGCUUCCCCAGCUCACCCGCUCUCCCUUCGCUAGCGCCAUCCCAACCGCCUCUUCUUCCUCCGUCUCCACAACCCAGGUGUUCUCACUGGCGGGAUCUACGUUCAGUCUCCCUUCCUCGCAUAUUUUUGGAAGCCCCCUCACUUCUGGGCUGUCGGUCAAUCCUCUCUUGAACCAAUCUGAAAGCAACCGGACAGAAGCAGAUUUGGAAGACUGUAAUUUUGUCUGCCGAGGGUCAUCACCACAAGAAAGUCUUUCUUCCAUGUCCCCCAUCAGCAGCCUCCCCACUCUCUUUGACCAGACAGUAUCAACGAGCAGCGGGCAGCUGGAAAACGUUCCCCAGGCUACACCAAACAUUGAGCAGCUCCUGGAGAAACAGGGCAAUGGAGAAGCCGGUGUUAACAUUGUAGAAAUGCUCAAGGCCCUUCAUUCGCUGCAGAAAGAGAACCAGCGCCUCCAGGAGCAGAUCAUGACUUUGGCAGCUAAGAAGGAGCGCCUGCAGCUUCUCAACGUCCAGCUCUCUGUCCCCUUCCCGGUGGUCACCACCAGCAACGGCCCUGCAGGCCAGGCUCAGUACAUCCUGGCCUCCAAUGCGUGCAACAGCGACUCGUUGAGUAUCAGCAAGAGCCCUCCUUGCAAGAACAGCUUUGGCAUUGAAAACUCGCUCUCUACUUCCUCUGAGGAUCCUCACUCCGGCUGCCCCAGCAGAAGCAGCUCCUCCCUCUCCUUCCACAGCACGCCUCCCCCGCUGCCCUUGCUGCAGCAGAGCCCUGCCUCUCUCCCGAUGACGACUGGGGUGCAACAGCCGCCACCAGUGAAUGGCUUGGCCAGGGCAAUGGGGACAGUCCAUGGGGGAGGCGCCCCUGCCAAUCAUAGCCUGGUGGAUGGUCUACUUGGGAGCCUGGCGGGAGGGCAGCAGGUACCCAUCAACGGCAUCCUGGGAGGUCUGAAUGGAGCAGUGGCCACCCAGGCCCAGAAUCCCCUCUUGGUGCAAAGCAGUGGGCCCCCAAACCUGCAGCUCUCCAGCAGCCAAAGCAGCAUGGCCAGCACAAGCCACCUGACUGAGCAGCAGCAGCAGCUCCUCAGCCAGCAUGAGCUCCAGCUCCAGCAGCUGCAGCAGCUCCUGACUUCGCAGCCACUCAACCCAGAGCAGCAGGCUUUGGUAUUCCAGAUGAUUCAACAGAUUCAGCAGAAGAGGGAGCUGCAGCGGCUCCAGAUGGCCAGCUCCUCCCAGCUGUCCAUGACUGGCCUCGGGCCGGCUACCUCCACAUCCCUCCUCCACUCCAAUGCCCCUGCAGCUUCAGUUGCCAACAGCAACCUCCUGGCCUCCAUUUCCCCUCAGCAGCUUAAUCCAGCCAGUUCCUUGAUGGCUUCCCCAUCACUCAGCACCAGUGGGAACAGCCUGAUGUCAGCUGCAGUAGGGGUAACUAUCCCACCUGUCCUCACCGCACAAACCAACCCUUUCCUCAACCUGCAAGGUGACAAAGCAGCCAGAAAGGAAUGGUGGGUAUCAGGCCAUCGCCUGCCAACAGCUUAGCUGCUGUGAUGUCACGGAAUGUUCACAGGUUUUCCCCCAGCUAGGGGGGAAAGGGUUAGCUGUGGAACGAUCACAAAGCACACGGCUGCUUUGAGGAGAGCAGGAGAUAAUUUUGACUAAGUGGGGAGGAAAUCUACAUAAUCUCGGGACAGGUUGGAUUCUUUCAGAAGGAAAUGAGAGGUGAUAAGGGGUCUGGGUGAAGGGGAGAUGAAGGCUGGAAGUGCUAGUGGGAGAGUCUGUCUGAGACAAGGAUGCCAGCAGCAUGGAGCUGAGCAGGGAAGGUGGUUGAAGGAAGGAGGGUUAGAGUAGGCAAUGAACUAAGACACAGAGACCUCAGGGAGCACUAGAUGGAGAAGAAAGGAGUAAAGAAAUGUGAAUAUUUCAUAGGAAAUUGAAGUGGGCAGGUGAAUGGCCUUCAGGCUUGCAGGGCUAUUAUUGUGGUGGAUGCUGCAAUUUCCUAUAUUUUUCUUUUUCUUUUAUUGCUCUUUGACACGCAACCGGUUUAGACUGUCCUGUGCUUCUUCCUUUAUCUUCAUGUUUAGGGCAUGAACGAAAAGGGAGGUGCCCCAGUUCAGGACAAAGGUUAACUUGGGCGAUACCAGGCUGCUCUCUGCUAUAGGAAAGCAAUCUGUGCCUGAGCCACGGAUCCCGAGACGUAGAGCAACCACAUGCAAGACUUCAGAGGGAGUCUUCCUGCCAUGGGCAGAGCAGUGCCAAGCAAGGUGCGCCAGGAGUCUACGUUCCUCGGUUCUGAGCCCGUCGUACUGAACCCUUCCAAAGGAGGCAGGUUGAGCGAACAACACCCAGCUCCCUUGUCAGCUGUGUCUGCAAUGCCGCACUUAUUUCACAAGAAGUUGCACUCCCAAGGGGAAACGGUGAAGCAGUCUGCUGAUCAGAUACCUGAAGACACCCCCCUCGAGGGUAGGAUCAGCUAAUCGGACUGUGGCCACCUGGUCCUGGAAGGAAUGCUGUCUUUGCAGAGCAGGGCAUUUUCCAAACCAGGGAUAAGGAAUCCAGCAAGGCGCAAGGCAGCGAAAAGGUCCAGCUGCAGCAACAGGGUGGAGCUUUUGAGGUCUCUGAUGCACAAGAGGGUGAGAUUUGGAAGGCGUUACA